ACGGGGGGAGCCGCGGGGCGGGGAGCGCCGCCGCUCCCGCCCUCUCCGCGCCAGGUCUGGCGGCCGGCGGGAGGAGAUGCCGCUCCGCGCUCCCUGCGCAGCCCUGCGCGGCCGCCCCGGGCGAAGCUCCGCGCCGCUCGGCUCCAUCGCCGCCCUGGGAGUGCGGACGGCGGCUCUAGAGAGGCGGUAGGUAACAUGCAUGUGUCACUAGCGGAGGCUCUGGAGGUUCGGGGGGGACCACUGCAAGAAGAGGAGAUAUGGGCCAUCUUGAAUCAAAGUGCAGAGAGCCUUCAGGAGCUAUUCAGAAAAGCUGAUCCUGCUGCUCUGGGAUUCAUCAUUUCCCCGUGGUCUCUGCUGUUGCUCCCCUCUGGCAGUGUGUCCUUUACGGAUGAGAAUGUGUCCCAGCAAGACCUGCGCGCGUUCACAGCCCCCGAGGUUCUGCAGAACCACUCGCUGUCGUCCCUGUCCGAUGUUGAAAAGGUCCAUAUUUAUUCCCUUGGUAUGGCACUCUUUUGGGGAGCUGACCAUGAAGUUCCUCAAAGUCAGCCCAUCCAGCUCGGAGAGCACCUGAACAGCAUCCUGCUGGGCAUGUGUGAGGACGUGCUGUACGCGCGCGUGUCCGUGCGCACCGUCCUGGACGCCUGCAGCGCCCACGUCAGGAACAGCAACUGCGCGCCCUCCUUCUCCUACGUGAAGCACCUGGUCAGACUGGUCCUGGGGAGCCUGUCCGCGAUGGAUCAGCUGUCUUGUAAUGGAGAUAGGAAAUUGCAGCCAGACAGGAGCCAGGCUAUUCGGGAGAGGCUGAGGGGAAAGGGGCUUCCCACGGGAAAAGCGCUGGCGGUCGAUGCACCCGAGGGACACAGAGCCCCCUUCUCUCAGCAGACCCCCCUGAACAAAGGACUCAGCAAGUCUAUGGGGUUUCUGUCCAUCCGAGGGACACGGGACGAGGAGGAGUUCUUCCAGGGCAUUUCUGCAGAUUACACUUCGGGUCAGGAGGAUGUUUUCUGUCCUCAUAGGUGUAAAACCAGCGAGCCUGAGAAAAAAGGUCACCUUCACACAGAUGUCCCUCCCAAGCGGAAAAUAUGGGCCUCUUCCACAGACCUGCUUUGUGCCGCUGACAGGGCAGCUGAGAGGGACCCUGCGGGGGGCUCUCACAGGCACAGCCCCCAGGGUGAAACGUUUACAGUACGGACUGCUGCAGCUGCCAGGAGCAAGGAGGCGCGGUACUCGGACGGGAGCAUGGCCCUGGACGCCUUGGCAGCGCAGAAACCGGAGCCAGCGCGCCGCGCGCCCGACACGGCCACGUCUGCUGCCAUAUCCAGUGCCUUCGACAGGAUCAGGGAGAGGCAGAAGAAGCUGCAGCUCCUCAGGGAGGCUAUGAAUGUAGAAGAGCCUUUGAGAAGGUACAAAUCCUACCACAGCGAUGUUUACAGUACUUCCAGUGAAAGUCCAUCUGUUAUUUCUUCAGAACCAGAUUUCAGGCAAGUGAGAAGAAAUGAAGGUUUCAAGAGAGAUGAUGCUGGUGGUGUGUUAUCAGGUGCUGAUGAUAUCUCCACAUCCAGUCAAGCUAAUUCUCAGAGAACAAGGCAGCUGGAGGCGGCGCUGGAGGCCCAGGGGAUCGGCCAGGAGGCGAUGCUGCGGCGCCAGGAGGAGGAGAUGGUGCAGCUGCAGGCCCGGCUGGCCCUGAGGCAGGCCCGGCCCGGCCUCUGCCCGGGGGACGCGCUCAGAUCCUCGGUGCUCGACAUCACCAGAGACCCGCUGAGGGAGAUGGCCCUGGAAACAGCCAUGACACAGAGGAAACUGAGGAAUUUCUUUGGCCCAGAGUUUGUGAAGAUGACGAUUGAGCCAUUCAUCUCCUUGGAUCUACCCAAGUCUAUCUUGACUAAGAAAGGCAAGAGUGAUGACACCAGGCGAAAGGUGAACGUGAUGCUGCUGAGUGGGCAGAAGCUGGAGCUGACCUGUGACACCAAAACCAUUUGUAAAGAUGUCUUUGAUAUGGUUGUUGCCCAUAUUGGCUUGGUGGAGCAUCACUUCUUUGGAUUGGCUACUUUAAGAGACAAUGAGUUUUUCUUCGUGGAUCCUGACAUAAAGCUAAGUAAAGUAGCUCCAGAGGGAUGGAAGGAAGAGCCAAAGAAGAAGAACAAGCCUCCUGUCAACUUCACUCUGUUUUUUCGCAUCAAGUUUUUUGUGGAUGAUGUCAGUCUCAUACAGCACACGCUGACCUGUCACCAGUACUACCUGCAGCUGCGGAAGGACGUGCUGGAGGACAGGAUGCACUGUGAUGAUGAGACUGCCUUGCUGCUGGCAUCCCUGGCUCUGCAGGCUGAGUACGGAGAUUACCAGGCAGAGGUGCACGGCUUGUCCUAUUUCAGACUGGAACACUAUGUCCCAGCAAGAGUGCUGGAGAAACUGGAUCUGUCCUACAUCAAGGAGGAGCUGCCAAAGCUGCACAGCGCCUACGUGGGUGCCUCUGAGAAGGAGACAGAGCUGGAAUUUCUGAAGUUGUGCCAGAGGCUCACAGAGUACGGGGUUCACCUUCACCACGUGCUGCCUGAGAAGAGAUCCCAGACAGGAAUCCUGCUGGGGGUGUGCUGCAAAGGAGUUGUCAUUUUUGAGGUCCACAACGGUGCCCGUACACCUGUACUGCGCUUCCCAUGGAGAGAGACAAAGAAAAUAUCCUUUAGUAAGAAGAAAAUAACUUUGCAGAACACAUCAGAUGGCAUCAAGCAUGCCUUUCAGACUGACAACAGUAAGACUUGCCAGUACCUACUGCAUCUCUGCUCUUCCCAGCAUAAGUUCCAGCUGCAGAUGAGAACCAGGCAGAGCAACCAAGACACUCAGGACAUUGAAAGGGCUUCGUUCAGGAGCCUGAACCUGCACGCGGACUCUGUGAAGGGCUUCAGCAUGGGCAGAGCCAUCAGCACGGGCAGCCUGGCCAGCAGCACCCUGAACAGGCUGGCUGUGCGGCCCCUGUCCGUGCAGGCAGAGCUCCUCAAGAGGCUCUCCUGCUCCGAGCUCUCGCUCUUCCAGCCCCCUGCUGGCUCUGCCCGCGACAGGCCCGAGAGGAGUCCCUGGGAGGAGAGGCCCCGAGUCAUGAGCAAGUCGUUCCACGAUCUGAGCCAGAGCCACAUCUCUGCUUACCCCCCGAGGAAAAACGCCAUCACUGCUUUGGACUCCUCCCCCAGAAAGAUAGAAGAGAUAAUGGGAAGGGUCUUUCAGCAAAUGCCAAAAUUUGACACUGGAUCAGCAACGGGAGCAUUAAAACCGAGCAAUUCAAAAUCUCAUGCAGGUUUAAGUAGAAGCCCUGAAAGAAAGAAAAAUGAAUCAGACUCAUCAUCCAUUGAAGAUACCGGUCAAGCCUAUGUUGUAGGUGUUAGCAUGAAUACUUCAGAAAAUCUUCUGUCAUCAGCAGCAUUAAAAGAGAGUGCUGACUCUCUUCAAACAACACCGAACAGAGUUGCCACACCAGAGAGAGAGAUCACUUUGGUGAACUUGAAAAAGGAUGAAAAGCUUGGUUUAGGCUUUCAAAUAGUCGGUGGAGAGAGGACAGGGAAACUUGAUCUGGGAAUUUUUAUUCAUUCAGUCAUUCCUGGAGGGCCAGCUGAUCUGGAAGGAACUCUAAAACCAGGGCACCGCCUCAUCUCCGUGAACAGCCGCAGCCUGGAGGGCGUCAGCCAGCCCGCGGCACAGGAGAUCCUGGAGAGCGCUCCCGAGGCCGUGACGCUGCUCAUCUCCCAGCCCCGGGACACAGCCUCGUCUCACUCUGUCCCGAUCAGCGCCGGAGCCGGGGGCUCCCUGCGGAGGCUCUCCUCGGCGCAGGACCGCGAGGCAGAGCGCAGUCGGGAGGAGCCCGGCCGCGGGGGCCAGCGGCCCGCCUCGGGGAGCCUGCCCGGGCUGCCGGGGCGCCGGCGGGACGGCAGCCUCAGCUCGCAGGACUCCCGCACCGAGAGCGCGGGCCCGGCCCAGGGCCCGCCUCAGAACCUGGCCCAGGGCCCGCCCCAGGGCCCGCCUCAGGGCCCGCGGGGCAGCGGGAGAGCCGCGCAGGGCGCCCCGCAGCAGGCCCAGGCUGCCGCCUGCAGAGCCACCCACAGGAGGAGAUCCUCGUCGGACAGAGCCAGGGAUCAAAGGGCCGGGACAGCCGAGCCUGCCGAGUACUCUGACCGCGGGGAUUCCGACAUGGACGAAGCCACUUACUCCGGCAGUCAGGAGCAGCAGCCAGCUAAAAAGGAUUCUUUCUCAUCGAAUCCAGCAAACACAGUGAAUUCUAAAAAGAUUUCUGCAACGCUUCUUAAACCUGGAGAUAUCUUUGAGGUUGAACUAGCAAAAAAAGAUAACGGCUUGGGAAUAAGUGUCACGGUACUGUUUGACAAGGGUGGUGUAAACACCAGCAUAAGGCAUGGUGGUAUUUAUGUGAAAGCGAUUAUUCCCAAGGGAGCAGCCGAAGCAGAUGGCAGAAUAGAAAAAGGUGACCGCGUGCUCUCAGUCAAUGGGAUUAGUUUGGAAGGAGCUACCCACAAGCAGGCAGUGGAAACCCUGAGGAACACGGGCCAGGUGGUGCAGCUGCUGCUGGAGAAGGGCCAGCUGUCGGGGGCCAAGGCGCACGCUCCGGUGACACCGCAGUGCACGCUGCCCAGCCAGGCAGAGCCACACCAGAGGCCAGCAGCGGAAUCCUCAAAUGCCAGCGAUUACAGCUUUGUCACUGCAGAGAACACUUUUGAGGUGAAACUCUUGAAGAACAGCUCCGGCCUGGGGUUCAGUUUCUGCCGAGAAGAUAACGUGAGCCCGGAGCAGCUGGGAUCCACCAUUGUGAGGGUGAAGAAGCUGUUCCCUGGGCAGCCGGCUGCGGAGAGCGGGCAGAUGGAGGUCGGGGACGUCAUCCUGAAGGUGAACGGCGCGUCGCUGAAGGGCCUGUCCCAGCAGGAGGUCAUCUCUGCUCUGCGGGGAACUUCUCCAGAGGUGUCCCUGCUCCUCUGCCGGCCGCCCUCUGGGAUCCUGCCCGACAUCGAUCCUUCGCUGCUGACCCCCAUCCAUUCGCCCCAGCAAGUUUUUCCAGAGGUCAGCAGAGAAGUUUCUGGUCCAUCGAAUGGAGAACAAGGCGACAGCUCAGAUGACAAUGAAACUGCUGAUGUGAGCAAGAAAAGGCUAAAAUCUCCCUCCAGAAGAGACAGCUACAGUGACAGCAGCAGGAGCGAUGAGGAGGGGCUGGAGGCAGCAGCAGAGGCGGGCCGUGGCUGGAGCGCUGCGCCGUGCCCCUCCGCGGGCCAGAGGGACGCUGUGCGCACCGUGCUGUGCCCCGAGCACGGGGCCCCCGGCACGGCAGAGCUCCAGGACAGUGAUGUGCCUUUGGAUUUGCCAGUGAUCCCAACCUGUAGAACUGUACCUGAUGUUACCACGUCCAUGUUAAUAAAUGACUGUUAUGCUACUCCUGUCUCUGAGCUGGCUUCACACCUGGGAGAAACAGACUCGUUACUCACCCAGCUGGAAAAAAAUGCUGAAGAAUAUGAGCCAGAGGUGGAGCUCUGUGUGACCCUGGCAAAGUCAGAGAGGGGCAGUCUGGGGUUCACGGUGACCAAAGGCAGCGACAGCGUCGGCUGCUUCAUCCACGACAUCGUGCAGGACCCUGCCAAGAGCGACGGGAGGCUGCGGCCUGGAGACCGCCUCAUAAAGGUCAAUGACAUCGAUGUCACCAACAUGAGCCACACUGAUGCGGUCAGCUUCCUCCGAGCUGCCCCAAGGACUGUCACAUUAGUGCUGGGGCGUGUUCUGGAGUUACCAAAGAUGCCACUGCUGCCUCAUUUGCUGCCUGACAUCACACUAAUGUGCCAUAAGGAGGAGCUAGGUUUGUCGUUAUCAGGAGGCCAUGACAGCCUUUAUCAGGUUGUGUAUAUCAGUGACAUUCUCCCCAGAUCAGUGGCUGCCAGAGAGGAGAGUCUCCAUGUACUAGAUAUUAUCCAUUACAUUAAUGGAGUAAGCACACAAGGAAUGACUCUGAAAGAAGCCAAAAGAAUGCUGGAAACAUGCCUUCCAACAGUGGUGCUCAAAGCAACCAGAGAUGGUCAUGCAGUGUUCCCAAAAUCCAGAAGCCCUGAAAACUCAAGUCCAUGGCCAGUGAAAGCUAAUGGUUGUUCCUGUGGUGAUCCCUGUGAUAAAACAGAAAAGUCAACUGAUGCUUAUGAGCCAAAGGUCAAUGGCAGUGGCGUCCUGGGACCCUGUCAGGGAAAUGCACAGAACCACGUCCAUCACACAGAGGCUCUCAUCAACCACUCAGGAGCAGAGGAUGCACCUUCCCUGGGCUUUUCCAGUCAGAUGUCAGAUUUUCCUAAACACAUUGACAAAUCAGGAGCAGAGGUUCCCGAGGAUGAGUAUUAUGAUGAGGAUGACCACAAUGAAGUUGUCCAGUAUCUGUUGGAUGUUGUGGAUGAGGAAGCCCAGAACCUCUUAAACCAGAAUAAUGCAACUUCAGAGGCUCAGAGUCUCCUGCAUCUCAAGAAGGCUGCUUCAGAAAAUCACCUGCCAGAGAUGAAUGGGAGGGUGACAGAAGAUAAGUCUGAGGACACAGACUGUGAUGGGUCAUCUUUACCUGAAGAUUUUUCAGAGCCAACACAUGUAAAUGGUUGUGAAGACUAUUGUGAAGUAAAAGCUGGGCCAGAAAGAUGCCCUCCCCAGCCCUCCCUGUGCCCGGCAGACGAGGAGGAGAUCUCGUGGGGCAGCGACGAGCUGCCCAUCCACUCGGCCAGCCAGGAGCGCGUGGAUAAAGAUUUCCCCCUAGUGACAGAUGAAGAGAUCUCUGCACUCCCUACUGUGAAUGUGCUCCCUGGAGGCAAAUAUUCAGGAGCCAAAUUGAAGUCAGUGAUCAGGAUGUUGCGUGGAUUGCUGGAACAGGGAGUCCCUUCCAAAGAGAUUGAAAACCUUCAGGAGUUAAAACCUCUGGAUCAAUGUUUGGUUGGACAAGCAAAGGAGAACAGGAGGAAGAACAGAUAUAAAAACAUACUUCCUUAUGACACCACCAGGGUCCCUCUGGGGGCUGAGGGGGGCUACAUCAACGCCAGCUUCAUCCGCAUGCCCGUGGGCAGCGAGGAGUUCGUCUACAUUGCAUGCCAGGGGCCUCUGCCCACCACCAUAGCCGAUUUCUGGCAGAUGGUGUGGGAGCAGAACUGCACUGUGAUUGCCAUGAUGACUCAGGAGGUGGAGGGAGAGAAGAUCAAGUGUCAGCGCUACUGGCCAGACGUGCUCAAUAAAACCACCAUGAUCAACGACAGACUGCGCCUGGCGCUUGUGAGGCUUCAGCAGCUCAAGGGCUUCAUCAUCAGAGUGCUGGAGCUCCAGGAGAUUCAGACAGGUGAGGUGCGGCACAUCUCCCACCUGAACUUCGUGGCGUGGCCGGACCACGCCACGCCGGCGCGGCCGGACGAGCUGCUGGCGUUCCUGGCGUGCCUGCGGCGCGCGCACCGCGCGGGGCCCAUCGUCACCCACUGCAGCGCGGGCAUCGGCCGCUCGGGCACCCUCAUCUGCAUCGACGUGCUGCUGGCGCUCAUCAGCAGGGACCUCGACUUCGACAUCUCGGACGUGGUGCGCACGAUGCGCCUGCAGAGACACGGGAUGGUGCAGACAGAGGAUCAGUACAUUUUCUGCUAUCAAGUUGUCCUUUAUGUCCUGAACUAUCUCCAGCAGGAAGAACAACAGAGAGACAAAUAAAAUACUGAAGCAGAAGUGCAUUUAAAAUAAGGAAACAAGGAGGUUGAGAGGCUCUGGAGCAUUUUACGUGUUCUGCCAAAAGUUUUGUAAUCCCUUCCUGCAGCUGCUGUCCAAGGUCUUUUCUAGAAAGUCCCUCCAUCAUUCCAGAUCAGGUAUACAGUUCUAGGGGAAAGGGAUAGCUCAUGCAAUACCACUGUAAUCUUCAGCCCCAGGGAUGCACACGUGAGACUUUUGUAUAACAAUAUUUAAUAAAGCUGCAUUUUUUUUGCAGCUUCCUUAAUGUGUCAUAAAAUACUGAAAGAAAAAUAUUUUAAUUUAAAAAGAAAAGUGAAGAAGAAGAAAAAAGUAAUCCUAUUCUACUUCCUGCAGUUCUGCAACUGUUUUGGGGUAUUUGCUUCUUACAGGGUGGGGAAGUGGGAGGGAUGAAGCAGUAUUUUUAUCCUGGCAAACUUUAUUGCAAAGAAUGGUAAAAUGUCUCUUUUGGAAGCUUGUUCAUGGCACAGAAUUUUUGCCCUUCUAGUACAAUUACAGCUAUUUUAUAGAGGGUAUCUUGAAAUCAGCAUUUAAGCUUUAAGAGAUGCCUGUUAGCAUAAGGAUAGUCGUGAAUGUUAACUGUAUCACAGUUAAUAAUUUUUACUUCAUAGAAUUUCAUGUACAUAUUUAUAUACUUUUACACAAAAAAGCUGAAUUAUUGGGUGUCUAACCUUGUAAUUGAUUAGGCAUCUCUACUCUGUAAAUAAAAAUAUACCUAAUGUACACUGA